GAAACAUCACAGCAGACUUCAUGUACAGCGCAUAUCUUGGUUCAGCCGUCUCUCUCGGAUGUUAUACCAAUGAAAAUACCUUGGCGGAGACACCGGAAUAUGUACGGAUGUGUAUGAGAAAGACAACACUGACUUUUCCUCAGACUUGUAGCAACAUCCUCCAUUCAGUAAGUUAGGAGGUUGAUGAAACUUUUUUUGAAUGAGUAUCCCGCCGCUGGCUGGCACCACAUCUGGACUUUCGUCGGAGCUGUCAAGACCAGCGCCAACGUCUAGCCGGACCUGACUUGACCCUCUUCUGUUGUCCUCCCUAAACUUUUAAGGCGGAAUAUUGGACGUUAAACUCCUGUCUUUUUAUUUUUAAAACUUUUUUUUCUUAAUUACAAGGCACAAAAUGGAACACUCGGUCCUCAGAAUAACAUGCGUCUUGGCAGUUAUCUGUCUCUUGGAUAGAAGGGUAGACUCCAAUGAAAUCUUGGGCCUGAAGCUCCCCAACAUCGAUCCAAUCCUGAAUGCCAACACGGUGUGCCUGACGCUGCCAGGUUUGACACGGCGCCAGCUGGAGGUGUGCAUGCGGAACCCAGACGUCACAGCUUCAGCAAUCCAGGGAAUUCAGAUUGCCAUCCAUGAGUGCCAGCACCAGUUCAGAGGGCACCGCUGGAACUGCUCCAGUCUGGAGACUAGGAACAAAAUACCCUAUGACAGCAUAGUCUUUAAAAGAGGUUUCAGAGAGAGUGCCUUUGCGUAUGCCAUUGCAGCAGCAGGUGUGGUACAUGCAGUGGCCAACGCCUGCUCCAUGGGCAAACUGAAGGCAUGCAGCUGUGACGAGAAGCGCCGUGGGGACGAGGAGGCCUUUCGCAUCAAACUGCACCGUUUGCAACUGGAGGCCAUCCACCGGGGAAAGGGUAUGGUACACGGCGUUAUGGAGCAUUUCCCCGCUGACCUGCCAGGACCCCAGGAUUCCUGGGAGUGGGGUGGCUGCAGUCCCGAUGUGGAAUUCGGUGAGAAGUUCUCGAGGGACUUCUUGGAUGCCCGCGAAACCUACAAAGACAUCCAUGCCCGUAUGAGGCUGCAUAAUAAUAGAGUUGGGAGACAGGUGGUGCUCGACCACAUGAGAAGGAAAUGCAAGUGCCACGGUACAUCGGGGAGCUGCCAGCUGAAGACCUGCUGGCAGGUCACCCCAGAGUUCCGGGUGGUGGGCUCAAUCCUCAAAGAGCGCUUCCACAUUGCCACGCUGAUCAAGGCCCACAACCGAAACACCGGACAGCUCGAUCACUCCCACAACAACAACAACCAUCACAACCACCAUAACCAUCACAACCAUCACAACCACCACAAUCACCACCACACACACCGGCGGCGGCCAAGCAUCCAUGAACUGGUCUACUUUGAAAAGUCACCAGAUUUCUGCGAGCGGGACCUGGGGUCAGACUCAACGGGUACGCAGGGGCGGAUCUGCAACAAGACCAGCCCCGGCAUGGACAAUUGUGAAAGUCUGUGUUGCGGGAGAGGCCAUAACAUCCUUCAGCAGACGCGGAGCGAACGCUGCAACUGCAAGUUUCACUGGUGCUGCUAUGUGGUGUGCGAAGAGUGCAGGAUAACAGAGUGGGUUAGUGUUUGUAAAUGAAGAAACACACACUAAAAGACUGCACACAAUAAAGAAAACAAAGACAAAUAGACAUUUUUAAACCAAGACUAUUCAUUUGAAUGGCCCAUACAUUUUUUUGCGGUGGACUGCUGUUUUCCAGAAGAGCAACGACAGCGUGUGAAGCAGUUGAGCCGGCAGAGAGGUAGAUGUGCAUGUUGGUAAAGAGUGUGCACAUGCAGCAAAUAAAGCUGCCACAACUCAGAGAGCUUGGAUAUUUACUGCCUUCCUCUUGAGACAUAUCAGAUAAAUAUCUGAAAUAUAUGAAAACACCAAAUAUGAAAUUUGGGGUCUAAUCUAUUGUUGUUUCAUCUGCAUAUGUUGACUGACACACAGCUGCAUGGGAUUCAGGUGAGCAAAGAGGAAGUUAGAAGCAAGCAGUAGAUUGCAUGCAGAAAGAAAAUGAUAUUGCUUCAUAGCACCAGCAAUAUAUAAGGUGAAAAGGCUGAUGUCUGCGUCAAAUGAAACUUUAAAAAUGGGGGGAGACAUUUGAUGUGUUUUUCAAACAGAUGAUACAUUAUACAGUUGUCCCUCCAUGUCCUAUAUGAUAACUUACAGCAUAAACACAGUCAUGUUACAUGUUACACACAAUAUUUGCCAUUUCUUCUACUACAUACAGAGACAAAUAUAGACUUUUCACACAUCAGAAAUCACAAUGCACAGGAUUUAAAACUGCACAACACACCUGGCCCACUUAAGGCUUUGGUGUAUUGU